UUUGACAGAUCUUCUAAUGUAACAGUGAUCAUUUAUUUUUUUAUAACCACUUGCAUUUCGAUACAAAAUAUUAGUAAUUCGUGGAGUGGUAUUACGUGAACAAGAUGAAAAUACGAGCCCACGCAUUUCGCGAACCGUGGAAUGCGACCCGCUAGCAUCGACUGGAUAUGUCGACGCGCAGCGGCGCGGGCGCGAUACGUGCGCGGCGCGGGCACAAGGAGCGCUCGAAGAACUUCACCGAACUGGAGAAGCGGACCGUGCUCGAGCUGAUCGCGCGCCACCGGGACGUGCUGCGGCAGGGGCGCUCCAACAACGCGACCAACAGGAGCAAACAGGUGUGUGCCCCAUCAUCAUCACAACAAAGCAACGAAACGCCGGGCAUUCUCGACGGUAUGUUGUGGCAGAAUAUUCAUCCUCUCGAUGUUAAAGGCGAGGAUAACGACGCCACCACGAGCGCGGAGGGCGCUCACAGCGUGAAGGACGACGACUGUAUACCUGUUAAUAUGUCGAACGGGCGCCUCUCAACGAACGACAGCGACGACACGAUGCCGAACGUGCUCGAGCCCCAAGUGCAAAUCAUCCCCCAGUCAUCCCCCAGCCCCCCUCUUAAAACCCUCCCGAACCCCCUGAAUCCUCUCAACCCCCUCCUGCCCAACCUACCCCUCCUAGCCAACCCCCUAGCUAUCGAGCAAGCGCGCAUACAACAAAACUUUUUGCAGAAAUUAAACGAACUGUCAAACACACCGCUCAACCUUAGCCACUUGGACGACGAAAAAAGAAAAACCCAAGACCAGAACCACGAUAAAACAGACGAACACAUAAAACAUGACUGCGGCAGCGCGACGGAAGAGGAGCGGUUAUAUUUCACGGCGAAACGACAACACGCCAUAUGGGAGCACGAGGCGAAAAUGAAAAUUUUAAAUAUGGAACUCCGGCAGAAGGAGGAGAUAUUCUCCCUCCAAAAGCAACUGUUCCUCAUCGAGCUGCGUUUGAAAAUGGACUUCCUUGAAAAGGCGAGCGCCAAAUGACGCACAGAUUAUUAAUCCUUGAAUCGGGCAAAGGCCGUAUCUCAUACAGCCAAGUCGAAAUUUGAAAUUUGUUUUCUAGAAGGUGGACGACGCGUUUGUAGUAUACAGGUUCAUUGUAAAUUACCGCCCAAUACUACAACUAAGUUUAUAUUUUUGUAACUGCAUAAUAUUUUUGGAUACAUCCGAUUGUUGUUCGCUUUCUAGAAAAUUCGACUUUCAUAUGGAAUUUAACCCACUGGAUGACCAGUGCUAUAAAUAUAGGGUAAGAUGGAAAUUCAAUGGCUGUUUAACUUAAAGCCGCCAUAAAUGCCGCCAUAGUCGAUUAAGUGCCAUUUUAAUUGUUACCGCUUUCGCGCCUUUUUUUAUUAAUCUUUAUUAUUUGCUCUGUGACGUUUUACGCCAUACUUUAAUUCGGAAUUCAAAUCGUUAAGAAUGUUAAUAAUAUUCGAAAGGGAGAUUUUGUAAUUUAUGGCGUUAGGUUUUGUUCCAUUUUUGAAAUGUGAAUAAUCCAUAGAGUUAUAUUAUUUAUGGAGGUAAGGUUGUUAGUAUUUUUGGUACAAUUCACUUGUAAUAUGCAAAGUGAUUGUAUCAAAGUGGGUUUUGAAAUGUGAUCAUAAAGAGAUAGUUUUAUUAUUUUUGUAUUCGUUAUUUCGCAUAGCUUAUUUUGUAAUUUUUUUUAGUUUUAGUACAUAAAAUGUGCUUAGUGCCGCGCCUUAGGCGGUUCUCUUUUAAGUAUUAUAUAUUUUUUUCAAUGGCAGCUAAUCGCGCAAAUAGAAACUGCCAAAUGUAUAGAAUUUCGCAUUGUUAUUUUUUACGAUUUUUUAGUACUUAGUCGAGUCCAAUGGAGUUUACAGUUUAGAUGUUUUUUCCCGCAUACGUGGGGGUCAAUGUACUUUUGACGUUAAACGAAAUGCAAUAUGUGAAAUAACCUAGUCUUAAUAGGAUUGUAAUGGUUUUCGUGUAGUUACGGGAGAUACAAUACAUGAAUGCAUCGAUUUUUUCACCCUGGCAACAUUAGAAGAUAUAUUCUAAUAUUGCAUACAAUGGUGACCAUAUAUUAACAAAAAGCCUAACGUGCUUUAAAAGAAGUAUGCGUUUGUUUUAUAUAUCGACGGAUAUAAUUUUUCGUAACGCAUUCUGAUGCAUACAGAUGAUAAAUAUCUAUAGGUACUCUAUAGCCAAAAUAUUGGUACACGCAAAUGCAAAAUGAUACCGAUGUGUUUAUUGCGUCUAUAUAGUAAUUACAUAAACAUGUAUUUUUUGUAACUACACGAAAAGCAAAUAUUAAGUCAUCAUCGUGCCAACAAACAACAUUUGUUAUUAAAUAUAUAGUUGUUACAUGUAUAAGAUAUUAUUAGACUUAAAACAUAAUAAAUACGUAAAUUAGACAAAUACAAAAGAUCAAAAUUAGUAACAAUAUGAUAUUAUAAUGUUUAAGCGAGUUUUAGAGAGAUUAAGUACAAAAAUUGAAUCAAUAAUACCUCAUUACGAACAGUGUAUUGUAAAUAAUAAUGGUAGUUAUUUAAAAGAAAUUUUAGACGCGUUUUUUAUGAGAACUUACAGGUGGUUAAACGUUGCCAGAUCGAAGACUAUUAAUGUGCAUAAUUAAAACUUCUCAGUAUAUAAUAUUCAGGUGUAAUUGUUUUAUUUUGUAGUAUUUUUUAUAAAAGUUACUUAAUUCUGGCAACACUUCAAGGCAAAUUUUAUAUUGUGAUGUAUUUUAUAAGAUCUCAAUAGAAAAAAAUUGAAAUUAUCGAUAUAAUAUUUUAGUAUCAGAGUUGUUUGGAUACGAUUUUAUGUUAAUCUGAUAAAAUUGGAUAUUAUUGAUAUUGAAUAAAGAAUUUAUUUUUUUGUUCU